CCGGGCGGUCCCUCCCCGGACGCCGGGAAGUUCCUGAUCAGCCCCGUGCCGACUCCGGUCCUCUGGCGCCGGGAGCCGCGCCGCAAGCCAGACCCCGACCCGCCGGGACCCCUAGCGCCUCGGCCCAGAGCUGGGAGGUCUGCUGGGAAUUGGUCCAGGCAAGGGUGUUGGACCUACUUAGUUCUGGUGGUUGGUGAGUAGCAGCAGCAGCAAGAACCAGGACUGAGGAGAAGCAGGAGCUGGGAGGCCCAGACUUUGCUCUGAACCUCCUAAGGAUGGAAACAUAUUCUGGCCUGGUUCCUUGCUAUUGUUCCCAUCCCCUCCUCGUCUCCCCAACCAUUGUGCCCAAGGGUACUGUGGCAGGAAAAUGUGUAUUUGAUGCCAGAACCUAAUCAGUCUUGUUGCAGGCCUCACCAUGGCACCAUUCCUACGCAUCUCCUUCACUUCGUAUGAACUGGGCUCCCUGCAAGCGGAGGAUGAGGGAAGCCAGCCCUUUUGUGCCGUGAAGAUGAAGGAGGCGCUCAGCACAGAGAGAGGCAAGACACUGGUGCAAAAGAAGCCCACCAUGUAUCCUGAGUGGAAGUCAACAUUCGAUGCCCACAUCUAUGAGGGCCGUGUCAUCCAGAUUGUGCUGAUGCGGGCUGCUGAGGACCCAAUGUCUGAGGUGACUGUGGGUGUGUCAGUUCUGGCCGAGCGCUGCAAGAAGAACAACGGCAAGGCUGAGUUCUGGCUGGACUUACAGCCUCAGGCCAAGGUGUUGAUGUCUGUACAGUACUUCCUAGAGGAUGGGGAUUGCAAACAGUCUAUGCGUAGUGAGGAGGAAGCCAAGUUCCCAACGAUGAACCGACGUGGAGCCAUCAAACAGGCCAAAAUCCACUACAUCAAGAACCAUGAGUUCAUUGCCACCUUCUUUGGGCAGCCCACCUUCUGCUCUGUGUGCAAAGAGUUUGUCUGGGGCCUCAACAAGCAAGGCUACAAAUGCAGGCAAUGCAACGCUGCCAUCCACAAGAAAUGCAUUGACAAGAUCAUCGGCCGGUGCACUGGCACUGCCACCAACAGUCGAGAUACCAUAUUCCAGAAAGAACGCUUCAACAUCGACAUGCCACACCGAUUCAAGGUUCACAACUACAUGAGCCCUAACUUCUGUGACCACUGUGGCAGCUUACUCUGGGGACUCGUGAGGCAGGGGUUAAAGUGUGAAGAUUGUGGCAUGAAUGUGCACCACAAAUGCCGGGAGAAGGUGGCCAACCUAUGCGGCAUCAACCAGAAGCUCUUGGCUGAGGCCUUGAACCAAGUGAGCCAGAGAUCCUUGCGGAAGCCGGACUCAGGAACAUCAGAAAGUGUUGGAAUAUACCAGGGAUUUGAGAAGAAGCCAGGAGUCACUGGGGAUGAUGCCCCAGACAACAAUGGGACCUAUGGCAAGAUCUGGGAGGGCAGCACCCGGUGCAACAUUGAGAACUUCACGUUCCACAAAGUGCUGGGCAAAGGCAGCUUUGGCAAGGUGCUGCUUGCAGAGCUGAAGGGCAAAGAACAGUUCUUCGCGGUCAAGUACCUCAAGAAGGACGUGGUAUUGAUUGAUGACGAUGUGGAGUGUACCAUGGUGGAGAAGCGGGUGCUGGUGCUCGCCUGGGAGAAUCCCUUUCUCACUCACCUCAUUUGUACCUUCCAGACCAAGGACCACCUGUUCUUCGUGAUGGAGUUCCUCAAUGGGGGUGACCUGAUGUACCACAUCCAGGAUAAAGGACGCUUCGAACUCUACCGGGCUACGUUUUACGCGGCUGAAAUAAUCUGUGGGCUACAGUUUCUACACAGCAAAGGCGUCAUUUAUAGGGAUCUGAAGCUGGACAAUGUGAUGCUGGACCAAGAUGGCCACAUCAAGAUAGCUGAUUUCGGGAUGUGCAAAGAGAACGUAUUUGGGGAGAGCCGGGCCAGCACUUUUUGUGGCACUCCUGACUACAUUGCCCCUGAGAUCCUGCAGGGCCUGAAGUAUACAUUCUCUGUGGACUGGUGGUCCUUUGGGGUCCUCCUCUAUGAGAUGCUCAUUGGCCAGUCCCCCUUCCACGGUGAUGAUGAGGAUGAACUCUUUGAGUCCAUCCAGGUGGAUACGCCACAUUAUCCUCGCUGGAUCACUAAGGAGUCCAAGGACAUCAUGGAGAAGCUGUUCGAGAGGGAGCCAGUCAAGAGACUGGGAAUGACAGGAAACAUCAGGGCUCACCCCUUCUUCAAGACCAUCAACUGGCCCCUGCUGGAGAAUCGGAAGGUGGAGCCACCCUUCAAGCCCAAAGUGAAAUCCCCUUCAGACUUCAGCAAUUUUGACCAAGAGUUCCUGAGUGAGAAGCCCCGCCUUUCCUACAGCGACAAGAACCUCAUUGACUCUAUGGACCAGACUGCCUUUGCUGGCUUCUCCUUCAUGAAUCCCAAAUUUGAGCAACUCCUGGACAAGUGAGCUCCCAGACCUUCUCUACAAGCCCCAGCAGAGCAGGCCAGUCUGCCCUGGUCUGCAUCCGUGCUGCCCACAGUGAACAGCGGGUGACUGGUUGAUUGCUGCUUCUCCCUCUUCGUCCCCAGAGGGCUUGGCUUCUUCUAGCUGGGUUCACGGUACUUCCUCUGUGAACUGUGUGUGAAUUUGCUUUCCCUCUGCCUUCAGAGAGAAAUUGUAAAUUCGGUAUUUCAUUACUUGAAUGUAGGUAUUGAAAAUACAUAUAUUAUAUAUAUAUAUAUAUGCACGUAUAUAUAAUAGGCUGUAUAUAUUGCUCAGUAUGGAAAGCAUGGAGGGGACUGCUGAUGUGUUGACCUUUUUAAAUAUAUGUAUGACCAAAAGAAAAAAAAGGGCACAAGCUGUUUGAACUACCAGGUUCUUUUAUGUGUGUCUAAAUAAACACUGAAUGGUACCAA